ACUCUCUGGUCUGCUGGUGGGAUAUGACUGUCAAGAUUUAACUCCCCUGGACUAGUUCCUCUUGGCACAUAACCAGCCACUCGACAAGGAAUCUCUUUGAACUCUGAAAUAUAAAGAGGAGCUUAAGGACAGAAGAUCACACUAAACAGCACAGCAUGAUGCCCGGGGGUCAUGAUUUAGAGGUUGUCGGGCGCGGAAGCAUCUCUUCACAGUCGUCAUCCAAUCUGAGCGAUUUUACAGCGGAACUAGGAACUGGCAGACAUGCAAAUCAUGCAGGACCAUAUUUAGAAGGCAACAUGAAACUGCUAGCUACCAUAGAAUGUCCAACAGAUGUGAUGUGUAACCGGUUUAGUGGUGAUGGCACCUUGCUUGCAGUUGGACUCAUCAAUGGAACUAUAAAAAUAUUCGAGAUGGAGCCAUUGACGUGUCACUGCCUACACAGUCUGCAGGAUGAGGAGACAAUUAAAGCCAAGCUACCAGUCACACAGAUCAGGUUCAAGCAUUUUGAAGCAGCUGACAAGCCAGAACACAAACGUAUAGUCAUAGCUUCAUAUGCCUCCGGAAUGAUAAAGUUUUGGCACUAUACAUCGGGUAAGUGUUUGCACACCAUCAACGACCCAGACCACAGUCAGAUGCUAACUCUCGCUGUCAACCCAGAAAACACACUGUUAUGUACGACUGGUGAUGACCCCAGGGUACACUUGUAUGACCUUGAAACACAGAAAAAGGUCUCUACGCUAGAACCCAGUGAUGGACGUGACAUAAUGGACGGUCACAAGUGUCGGGUGUUUGCCCUCAUGUACCACCCCACCAUACCUCAUGUAUUUAUAUCCGGGGGAUGGGACGAUACUGUGCAGUACUGGGAUGACAGAAUGAAACAUUCACAAAAACACAUCAGUGGACCACACAUCUGCGGGGAUGCCCUGGACAUAGACCCUCGACACAACCACAUCCUGACUGGAUCCUGGUGCACUGGUGUCACGCUUCAGAUCUGGGAUUUUAACACAGCGCAAAAGAUCAAGGAUGUUCCCCCGGAGCCCCUGAACAACACCAUGGUGUACUGCUGUCAGUGGCUCGGCAAUGACAGCAUCAUCUGUGGCGGACACAACCACAACAUGGCUCGUGUUAUAGACAGGGGAACACUCAAUACGACUGGUCAGUUACUUGACCUACAGCAGAGUGUGUACUGCCUGGACAAUGACCACAAGGGACACCACCCCAAGGUCGCCAUUGGCAGCCAGAACUUCAUUUAUGUCGUUCGUGAGGAGAAAAAGUCAAACUGACCAGCAUAAUUGUGAUACAAUUACGUCAAAUGUGGAUAACAGCUGACGCAGUGUUGCUAUGCAGUCUCAAUAUAAUAUCCGUCCAAGAUUGUUUAAUAUUAUACAUAUCAGCAGUAUUUAUUGCUUUGUAAGUGUAACUGUUUUGCCACAUCAGUGUUAUUGGUGUAUGUUAUAUUAUUGUUUUAUAAAAUGGCAUAUUGUUAGAACAUGUACAACAAGACUUAAACACUACCCAUAAUGACUGCUAGGUUAUGUUCUUUAAAAGUAAAUUUACUGUACACAGAGGUGCCAUUUUUAAUUAAAUUUUGUUAACUACAUUAGAUGUGAGAAAGGUCAAGAACAUUAUGUAGUCUGGUCUUGACCCUGUCAUGUUGAUUUCCCUUGCUUCCAUUGUCAGAUGUUUUCUUGUGUUAGCGAUUGCUCAAAAGUGCUGUAUUAUACUAUCAUCAAUGAUGCCUAAAAAAAAUUCUUACAAUAUAAACAUCACUUCAGUCACCACAUAAAACAAUUAUUCAGAAUUUUUUAACUCGGGACAAUUAACUAGCAAUAAUGUACAUGAAGGAUCUUGAAGUCCAAAUACUUUAUAGUUACCAGAUUUUCUCACUAUAUCUAUCUGUAAUAAUAAUUAUGUGUUAAACGCCAUAAAAUCGUUUUAAAGGGAUUUGUUCAUGUCUUGUUUGCUAGAUUUUGUUAAACUCGUUGAAGCCGAGUUAUUUUACGAAUUUCUAACAGCAACUGGCAUAUACUCAAUUUUGAAUUUUGUUUUUGUAAAUCUUUACUAAAAUAGUUCAUAUUUAUAAUAGCAUUACUGACACAAAUUAGAGCUCUUUUUGUCACAUUUUUAAAUAGUUAUUAACAAUUAAGAUCUUGUUUAAACUUCUAAGGGUUAUUAAGGUGCCACCCUAUAAAACGUGAAUAAGUCCCUUAAAGAAUACAAUAUGAAUAUCCAUCUGGCAGGUAUUUGUGUUUGUGCUGUUUAAGCAGGACAUGCAGAAAUGCUUGUCACCAUGGUCACUUAUAGCUCUGUGGCCUGUUUCACCACUAGCUAGAUUAUUCUCAUCAUCAGACACCCAUUAUACACUACAACGCUUUGCUUUGUUGGGUAACCUGGGGAUUUGACAAGAAAAUUAUAUUGUCAUAAAAAAAUAAUGAGGCAGUUUCAGUGGUUCCCCAAAGUACCAAAUGCAGACGUAUGCACGGACACUCAUUCUAAUGUUUUCCCGUAGAAAAAGUAUUCUGGUAAAAGCUAGAAUUGAACCCCGUCCACAAGCAGUCUAGACCAAUCGCCCAUGAAACUAUUGAUAAUACAGAUAUUUGAAGAGUAUUUAAUUGUUACAUGCAAAUUAAUUGGAUUAAGAGUUAUCUCCCCUACCUCAUGCAUAUUCAUUAACAAGAUUAUGUCAGUCAAUUGUGCUAUGGUUUUUAUAAAGUGUAACAGAAUAAUCAAUGGUGGCUGCCGAUGAUGUGUUUUUCUUUAUAGAUUUUUCUUGCAUGUAUUCAAAACCAGGUAUGUGUCUGAUAGCAGUACAUGUAUUACCGGUACUAGUAUACUUAUUUUCAUGAACCUGAUUGUUUAAGACCAUUUCCACAUAAUUUUUAUUCACUCUCCUAAUGAAAAUAAUAUUUUGUGGUUGCUGUGUUUAUCUUUUUGCUUCACAAAGCAUAUAAACAUGCUAAAGUCUAACAAUACAUACUCUUGUCCAAGCAUUCAAAAAAUAAACCUACAACGGUUUUUGAAAUGAUGAUCUGAUUAUAUGAUAUUAAUAUUUUGGUUGACUUUAAGCUGUACGUUUUUAGCAUGGCUUAUCUAUAAAACUCUGGAUUGCAUCAGGGAAAAUAAUUUGUAUGUAUACAUUCCUUUCCCAAUGGCUGAGGUUUUGAUUGUUGUUGUUGUUGAUUUAGAAAUUAAAAAUAAAUAUUGCACAAUU